AACCUGCUAUUGGCCAAUAGCAUUCCCUUGUUAGUGGCACUCGUCUUGGUCGUCUCUGAUUUCCUGGUCCUUGUAGCCUUGGUCUUCCAUUUGUUUGAAUCAUCAUCUUCGGCUUCGUUGUUGCCAUCCACUUUGGUCUCGUCGUUCCCAUCUAGCAUCGAUCCUCUUGUUUUAACAUGCAAAGAAGUGGUUCACUCCCUGUCUCCAGCUCCUGAUGAACGUGAAUCGUGCAGUGGAGACCCACAUUUGUUGCCGGCAUGGACGUCCGAUGGAACACUCUUCUCCAUUUGGAUAUUUGACAGCGUACUGCUCUGUUGUGCAGUUCUUUGCCGACUGAUUCGGACAUCGUCCAUCUGGCUGCGCCGAUCUAAAUUCCGUGACCGUUCAUUUUGCUUCGAUUCUAAAUUGAAUUGCUUUUCUCAACGUGCCAGUGAAGAUGGGAAUAAAUUCAACAGCCGUUGUGACCACGUUAGCAACCAAGAUCGUGUCUGGGUAAACACUCUUCGUCCCUUUCAUUCAGAUUGCGACCGUGCCCGACGGAUCAGGAAGUGCGAGGUGACACUAGGUGACUGGUGGCAUUGGCUGUGGCCGUCCAACCACACCCACGAUGUUCGUCUGUCUGAUGUCUUCACUCAAUCGCUCUCACGUCACCGACGAGGUGGCCUUCAGUGGACUUGUGCCAUUUCUCAGUGGCGACCAAACUGUACCCAUUUGGAUAAUAACGUCGGUAACGACCAAUUCGUGAAACGUUGGCCCGGCUUCCGUCUUCCGACAUCUGCACUGCCUAUGCUGGUGGCGAGAAACGCUACGCGGCUCAUAUUGGACAAUAAUAAAUUAUUACGCAACUCUCUCGGUCGAAGAGCAGCCGUUACCCCAACCAUUUCAUCCAGUUGCCUGGCGAUAGUGCUUCUUUUGAGCAGUUUUAGUUCAGUCGUCGUUUCAUCGGGCACACCCAAUCCGCAAGCAGUGCCACCGCUAGGGUCUUCAUCAGCACAGCCAUCGUCUGCAUUAGCGAGUGACCGUUUGCCCAUGACUGAUUCACUUAAUCCGUGGCUAGCGGCUGACGGCGGCCUCAUCCUUCGAGCGGCUGCCGGAGACACACCAAAUUCUUCGCCCCUCAACUGGAUUCGACCCAAUCCUGGAUCUUGCAUUCCUCAGCCGACCAUUCCGGCAUGUCCGUCCGACCGUUUUUGCCGCAUACCUGAAACAAGUUCACUUCCUGUUUCGUUCGCCCAUCCCAGCGGCGGGAUGUCCCCAAUCAAUAACAAUAGCACUCAAAUUGGUGUCAUUGGCUACCGGCCUUUGGAUUCCGCGUCAGGCCGUGACGGCCGACAGGAGAAAAACAGCGGAACAAGGGGCGAAGUGAGACGGAACGAGAAUGGGUUACCACCAGACGAUGAUGGCUUGAGGAAUGCGGAUGCAGCCGUAGCCAAAGCGAGCCAGUGCCUUCCUUACUUACAGCCCGGUAGGAGAGAGCGAAGCGAUGACGGGCCGUCGUCGGCCGAGUGCAUCUGCGGCCACCCGGACGGGGCCAAACGGAUCGACACGCUGCGCAAGUAUCACCUGCAGCACUGCUACCACUACAGCUUGUGGCACGUCCUGAGCGACACGAUGCGCGAGGGCAUCGCCAUCAGCCGGCAGCAGUGCUACGCUUACAUCGAGGCCGUCCAACGACUCGACAAUUUGGCCGCCCAUUUCGUCUGCCAAUUUGAGGAUAUCAUCCGACGCUACGAUUGCGGCCAGACCUUCUCCAGCAAAUCCUCUUGUCACCAAUGCAAGGUUGCCUACCGCCAAUGGGUGUGUUCCAUGGUUUUGCCGAUGUGGUUAGACGGCGAUCGCAUCAAGCCGUGUCGGACAUUUUGUCACGAAGUUGAGCGCCUAUGCCCUUAUUUCUUGCCGGCCGAAAAGACAGGACCUGGUAGUCAGUAUGCUGGAGAACCUUCGUUUCUGUGCAUCGAUCCUGAUGUACGAGAAACUACCAAUCAGUCGACUAAUUCUGCCUACAGUGAACGACCCUGUUACCGGCCGUGUACGCUAGAGUACAACCUCGAGCCGGACAUCGAUCCUUCGCUGUGUGUGGCCAGCUUGGGUGAUAUAUCUGGCUUGAUGGAAGAAGAUGGAACAGCGGAGGCUAACAAAGAGUGUCAACAAACGUACACGAACGUGACGGCUUCGGUUAGCGAAUUCGACGUAGACACGCUAGACGUCGACUCUGAAGUCAAUAAUGACCAAUGUACUCCCUUGUUAGGCAAGGAUCCACUGUUAACUAGCAGAUUAUCUAGCAGAGGGUGGACAAAUAAUUUGCAUUUGGUUUGGCCGUGGCGAACAUUAGUGCUUCCUUUCGCCAUGCUUCCGAUUAUCCACUUUUUCACGUAAAUCCGCAACGGACUUUUGCUCGUUCGAGUGUGUUUACAUGAAAGCGAGAAGUUUAUGUCACUUAUCAUUUUUUUUUUCCGUAUCAUUUUAUUGUCGACGAUCGCGUGCGUUUAAGAGCAACGUCGUUCAAAAUCUAUCGGGCACAUCAAACACAGUUGAAAUCGUUAUAUUCAGAUUACCGUUUCACGAAAUCUACGUAAUAUCAGUCAUCGCGCAGAGACACGAUUUUCUAAAAAAUAUGCGUUUCAUUUCUUCUUUAUCUUUAAUUUGUUUUGCAAACUUACCUAAACUUUAGAACUUCACUCCGUUUUCCUCGGAAAAACAAAUUCUAGUCCAUUUCAUUUUCAAUUUAUAAUUCCAACCUUUUCAAAGCUCCACAAAACCCAGCAGAUCGCCGAAUUUCAAAAUAGUGUUUGUUUUAGAAAAAAAAUUUCCUUCGUUUGCCGUUGUUGUUCAAAUCCAAGUUUUUCUAUUUCGUAUACUACGAUUAACCGAGAUUUAAAAAAAAUAUAUAUAUAUUCUAACACAUCAGGUAUGAAAUUUGUUGGGGAAUAACGAGGCGUCGUUUGUAUGAUUUCUAUGGUUAUUGGGGGUAUAGGUUGCGAUUUCCUCUACAUGUGUGACAGUAUAGCGCAAAAAAAUCUGAUCCCUUUUGACUGUUAAAAAAUAGCGAUGAUUUGGCACGUCGCAAAUUCGACGACCACAACGAAAUCAAUGGUGGUGUACGGGAGAAUGAUAAAAACCUAGGAUUUUUGAAACUUAAUCAACUCCUAUUCCAAUGGCCUGUUGUUUUCUUACCCCCCCCCCCCUCCAUCUUUAGUGAAACUGUACAAUAAAUAGCAGCCUUUUUUUUCUCGCACCGAUAUUAUAGUGGUCGUUGAGGGAGUCCAUUUGUUCACCCAUUUAAACUCCCAAGAAAAAAAAAAUCGACUCCGACUGACAUGUUACGAAUCUGCCUUUGUUGUAAGCCGUGUAUCCAUUUAAGCGAUCGGACAGCAAGUUCUCCGAGUUGCGACUGUGAAUGAGUGAACUCAUUGUUUUGAUUUUUUGAUACAGCUUACCUUUUCAAGUUUUUUUCCACUCAUAGUUUUGAAAACAGAAAAAUGGUGUAGAUAUUUGAGUUUGAUCUGCAAAUUUUACACGGAUGAGAGUGUUGAGUAGUUAAAAGUAUGUACUGAUGAUUGACCAGAGCCCCACUGUUCUUCAAGAGAAAAUUCAAGACAAGCAUUUGUAUACGGUGGUUGAAUAAUUCAAAGGAGAAAUAGAUGCAUCACAAUAAUAUAAGACCUUAGAUGUGGAGUCCUUGCCAAGCUGUUAUGAGAGAACGUAGCUACUGUUUUUAACUAUUAUUUCUAAUUGCCAGAUUGCUAUAAUGUCCUGUGCAUAAUGGUAGGGCACUUCUAUGUUGUUAACAGUGCAAUCCGGUACACAAAAUACAAGCCAUUUGAUGCUAA